AUGUCUCGCAUCGAUUACGCCCCAAACGGCCUAAACCCACCUCAUGUCCACCCACGGGCCUCCGAGAUCAUUUUCGUCCUUGAAGGUCAGCUCUACGUCGGCUUCGUAACAACCGCCGGAAAACUUAUGGCCAAACACAUUAACAAAGGAGAUAUUUUCGUCUUCCCCAAGGGACUCCUCCAUUUCCAAAAGAACGUUGCCAACACUCCAGCAUCUGUAAUCGCAGCCUUCGAUAGCCAAUUGCCCGGAACACAAUCACUUGUCGCCUCUCUCUUUGGAGCUCUUCCCGAUGACAUCCUCGUUAAGUCAUUCCAGCUCAAAACCAAACAGGUUCAGAGGAUCAAAUCCAGAUACCAAGCCAAGAAAUGA